AAGCGAAGAAAGGCAAAGGUCGAUUUGCCCGGACAGUCCCUAUCAAACAUACAGACCUUACAGUUUGCGUCUUACCAGCACCCACAACUGUAACCCCAAAAGCUACUGCUGAACUGGAGCUGAGUCAGGCAGGGCUUGAAAAAAAAGUUGUGUCUGUUAUAGAGGACUGCAAACAUGAAGAUAUAGUCACAAUUAUGGAGGAAGAAUUCUUCAAACUCCACCAGAUUCAAGGCAGGUGGAUGCUCUACAAAGCAACUGGAGGAAGUGGCCAAAGAAAAUGAUCUUUAAUCUCAAUGGAAUCGGAGGGUUACUCCGGCCGGCAACUUCGAUCUGUCUCAAACAGUGGCAAAAAUGUUAUUUUUCUGGUGCCUCUUCAAGAGGAAUCGGAUACCCAGCCUCUUCCCUACAAUUCAGCUGAAUUUGCAAAGAUGCCAAAGGUGCCCUGUGUCACCUGUAAUACUAUCCUGCCAAUGCAAUUGUUGGCACUACAUGCUGAGGAGUGGAAACUGAAUUCAAAUGAGAAGACUGAUGUGGUCAUUGUUGAGGACGAAAAUGAAGAUUGCAACAUAGAGGAAAAGGUUACAAACACUCCUGACAGAGAAGUAUCUGAAGACAGUCUUGGAAUGUGCCCUAUAUGCCAAAACGUGCUGCCAUUUUCAAUUCUACAUUAUCAUGGAAGCUUAUGUGCUGAGAGAUCAUUCCGUAAUGACACAUUGUUGAAAGAUUACUUAGACCAACCAGGGCCAUCAUCUAUGUCUCAUACAUCUCAGCUCAGCUCAUCUUCAGAACCAUCAACAGAAGUUUGGAGAACUGUGGAAGACCCUCAUGAUGAGGCUAUCAGACUCUUCUUUGAGCGACUGCGUGAAGGAGGGGAUGCUGCAACAGGAAAUGGUGUGACUAGAGACAUCCUGUCAACAACAAUUGCUAAAAUCAAGAGAAUAAAAGAGAGAGAGACGUCUUGUCUCAUUGCUGGUUAAACAGAAUAUAGUUCUGUACAGUAUUCAUGUGAUUCAACAGUCGGCUGAAUAUCCUAAAGGCACAAAACAUGAUCUGGAUGAAGUUUGAAUGAGAAAUGUUCUGCUGUUGAGAGCACAUCCAUCACUUAUCAGAGCUGAGUUUCACUUUCAUGUGUUUGACAGGUUAAAAGAAGCAUUUCUGAUACAGAGUUUCACAUGUAAAACACAAAUCAAUUCUGGUGUAAAGUAGAAAAAUAGUGACACACGUUUGUGCUUUUAAUCAAUCAAUCUGACAAUAAUAUACAGCAGAAUAUCAGAAUGACAGGCGUCAAACACAGUAAAGAAAACAUGUCAAAAUGAGCAGAUUGAUCUAGUAUAGAGGUCGUAUAUUUGAAGUCAAUUGUAAAUAUCAAAUGUAAAAGACUUUUGUGUUUAUGUCGCUGAAGCAGAUUUGUUGAGGGGGAUUAAAUGAUGACUAGAUCUUAAGAUAUGAGAAACUGGACACGUUUAUUGUUACAUCACCUAUAAGAGACAUGGGCUGAUGGAAGAAUAGGACAUGAGAGAAGAACAUAUGCUGCAAAACUUUUGGAUUUCUUGACAUUUCCUUUAACUCCAUGUUCACUAUGGGCUUGCUCAAACUAUCAAGACGUCAUAAACUCUGCUGGCGUGUUUACAAGAACUGAACUGUUCACAAUGAGACAACCAGAAGUUUUGAGAAGAAAUGUUUAACUUGUGUGUCCUCUACUGUAUAUUUGUUUUGAUCUCCAAUUAUUAACAUGUUAGUUUGGUAUAUUUUAAAUACUAUAUUUAUACUUGUUUUCACACUGUGCCGACUUGACGUUUAAUGUUUUGGUCAUAAAGAUUUUUCUUUUUUAGAUGUAGAUAAGAUGAACAGGCUAUUAUUUGAAUAAGAAACACUGCAUUCACUAAUGUUUCUUAAUAUUACUCUCAGAUGAAUUCAUAAUAUGAUCAGACUGAGCUCUUGAAGCUUUAUUCCGUCUUAAACACAGUUUACAAAACUGAAAACACUGAAGGUUCACUGAAGGUUGAGAAUCACUGCUGUAAUAACACAAAUGUCCGCUAGAUGACAGUAGAGUUGAAGUGAUCUUUAGAUCUGCAAACAAACUCAAUUUCUGUUGAUGAUUUUAAAAUAUUAGAUAUUAUAGAAAUAGAUAAAAGUCUGAUUUAUGAAAUAUAAAAUAAACGACUCUCUGUAGAAUAAGACUACUGUAGUGUUAAUGCAAAUUCACAGGGUCUUAAAGGGACAGUUCACCCCUAAAUAAAAAUACUCUAAUCAUUUAUUCUCUCACAUGUGUUUGUAAAUCUGUAUGUGAUUCUUUCUUCUGUUGAACAGAAAAGAAGAUAUUUUGAGAAAUGUCUGAGUGGUUUUGUGUUCAUAAGUGAACAUAAUGCAGUUCUGUGUUGUUUGAUUAUAUAAAGAAAUAAACUCAUGUUUGAUGACAUGAGGAUGAAUAAAUAAUUACAAAUUUUUAAUUACAACACACACACAUCACAUACAGUAGACCUACAUUUGUAUUACAACAAACACAUCAGUUCAGUUUAAAUGAGUGAAAGUACAGUACUGUUGUCUUGUGUCCAUUUUCCAUAUUCAUGUUCUCCUUGCACACCUUACACAUUUUGGAUUUCCUCACAUACUGCCGCCACAUGUUUGUAUUUUUGACCCUUAAAACAUCUAAAAGGUUGAGGGAACAUGUGGUCUUGAUUCAUAGCUCAUAUAUCUCAGAUACACACUAUUGUUUGUAAUCUUUCUUCACCAAAUUGAAUCAAUACUGCUAGACUUUCAGUUUUCUCUCUGUUUUACCUUGUUUUUAAUCAUUUAAUUUAACCACUUUAUACUUUCUUUUAUUUCUUCCAUCUUUAAUAAUUUUGACAUAAGUUAUUUUUUGCGCUAUUGUUUCAACUAAUUCUUAUAGCUUGAAAUGCCAGUGUCCAACAAUGCCCUCAGAGCAUGUCCGUUCACAGUCACAUCAUAUGUGUUGACCCCUUCUCCUACAGAGUCAAAAUCACAGUCCUCCUCUCUUGGCACAUAACAAAACCCAGUGAGCUUUGCUUUGCAAACAAGACACACAGCUGCCUUGUGUCCUGGCUGCUGGCAGUAAAAGCAGAGCCAAUCCUUGGGUGUUGACCUAGGAUUUGGUACAUUGUCAGACCGUUCAACUCGCCCGCUUUAGGACCGAGAGUUAUGGGAAACACCGCGUACAGUACCUUUAUAUGGUUGAGUACGGAGAUCUCCUUGGUGUACAUUCAGAUACUGCUGUGCUAACUUCGAUGCAGCCAGUCCUGACGUCGGCUCGUGCUCUCUUACCCAGGUGCGUGUGUCGUAGGGUAUAACUCAAAGGACAUUAGUUUCACCGAUCUCCUCUAUAGAACGUUCCUCUGGUCGUACCCAUCGCUUGUAGAGAUUCGUCAGCCGAUGAUAAGUCUCCGUUGGUGAUUCUCCAGCUGGAACGGUCGAUAUCCUGAAGAGCUGCCGAUAUGUUUCUGGAGAGAUGUUGAAUUUCUCCAGCAGUGCUGUCUUCAGGUGCGCGUAGCUCUCUGCCUGCUGUUCAUCCAUAGCCAGAUACGCCUCCAGUGCUUGCCCAGUUAACAACGGCACCAAACGAUAGCUCCAUUCUUCCUCCGGCCAAUUCCAGGUCUUUGCCAGACGCUCAAACCGCCGAAGAUAGUUCUCGAUAUCUUCCCCUGGUUGGAAGCUCGGUAACUUUGGUCCAGCCCACUGCGUUGUCUCUCUCGCUGGCGUGACACUCUGGGAGUCUACGAUACCCCUGGUGCUGGUGUCGGUAAUUCCAUACGGAUACUUCCACCAUCUGGCGAGGUCUCAGCAGGACGAGUCGACUGCCCAAUGGACUCACGAAGCCCUUGAAGCUCCAGCAUAUAUCGUUUCUCUCUCUCCUCUUGAGACAGUCCCUCGGCUUCCUCCUCACCCUCCGAAGUCUCCACCAAUUUCCAGGCCUCCUCUUUACCUGACACCACCUUCAUCUGGGACCAUAACCCCGUCCGGGGUUUCCGACCCUUUGGCGCUGUUCGGCGAGUUGCCAUCCCACCGCUGCCACCAAAUGCGAUGAAAACGAACCCACCAGCUCGUCUUCAGGAGGAAUUGUGAAUACGAAAAGAUGAAAAAAUGAUGGCACACUCGCUGACACACUUCUGAGUAAGGUGGUGUUUAUUUACAGUGUCCUGUUUACCAAAAAAACCCCAAAGUAUCAAACGAAAAAGUCAAAGAGAGAAAAAAACAAAGUAGCAGAUUAAUCCUUCACUGACAAAUAUCAAAGAAAUAAAAACGAUUCACACUCUCUAUCACAGGUUUUUAGGGAUUGCGUGAGGCACCACAGUAACACUCUUGCAUCGACUUGAAAAAAACAGAAAAAGCCUUGAUUUGGUGUUUUCCCUGGGCAUAUAAAGGCCUAACCCCGCCCCUUUCCUCGGCCAUACCAUUUUCCAGUUAAGUAUGUAUUUCUACAUUACUAGUACCGCAGUUACUAGUAUCUCCCACCUUAAUAAAUAAUAACAACAUAUAUACUCCAUAUACAUAACAAAUAACAAACAUGGCAUUCUUCACCUAAUACAUUAAAUCUAUAAACUUCUGACAGAAAUAUCUACAAAAACCCCCAGACACUUUACACAAUGGUAUCACCCACUCCCGGCCACGUUGGAUCGGCGCAACCCGGAAGUGCCGUCAUUUGUUGACGGCGGUUUGUUUGAGUCGGCCGAUCAUACUGAAAGACAAUUGACACACUUGAACUAACAAACAUAAGACGAAACGAAGACAAAGUGCAGGUAUGUAUGAAAAUGUAUGGAAACAGUUAUAGAAGAAAAAUGUAUCCAUGUGCCAUCGGUGUAGUGUGUGCACCCACUCCCCGACAGCGUUAACAGGGAAACGGGGGGUAGCGGUUAACGAAUGCGGUAUGAGGAACACUGUGUGUGUAAAUGUAGGUGUGUUAGUGCUGCUUCCCCAGCGGUGGUAGUCAAAGUGAGUUUAUCACACCUGCUUUGCUCCGUCCUGCUCCAGCUGAUGUUACAAUUUCUGUCUCUACAUUUGCUUCCCCUCCUUCAUUUCUACCUUUAGAUGACACUGUAUUUCUUUUAAUUGAACCAAAUCCCCCGUCCUGAAAGGUUUUUCUUCUUAACAAUUUUUUCAGGUUGCUUGUAACUCAAGGUUUAUUGUUGACACUGGAUCACCCUAUGGGUAUAUUGAUUUCAGUUAGACCAUCAAUAUCAUCCCAAUACGAUUCACAGAAAACAUCUCAGUCAGUUAAAUCCAAACUAAUGCUCACCUACAGGACUCUCACUGGAUCUGCACCGGCUUACUUUCACACCCUCCUACACUAAUAAAUACAUUAAAUAUUUAUUUAUUAGAUAUUAUUGAUUAGAAUGAUCUUGCUUGUUCUAUAAACACUAUGCCCUGUGCUGUGUUUGACCCUGUAAUGCUGCUUUGAAAAACUGCACAUUGUGAAAAGAUCUAUAUAAAUACACUUGAAUUGAAUUGAAUAGUAACUUGGUAUUAUCACCUAUUGUAUUAUUGCUCCUGCAUGACUUGUGGCUUUAUUGCUCCCUGAAAUCUCCAUAAGUGGCUUUGGAUAAAAGCGUCUGUUAAAUGAAUCUUCAACACAAAACAAUUUAAUGAUCACAGUCUGACAAUAUAGAGAAAGACAGACACAGUGACCCACCUGUGACGUCACAUGCAAUCGACACAAAUAAACCAGAGAAUGAAUCACUUCAGAACUACAACAAGGUUUAUAUCUGUGUAUUAUUUUAUUUUAACAUUUAAAUAAAGUAUGAUUAAUAUAUGUAUAUAAUAUUUCAAAUAAUUAUUAUAUUGUAAUAUAACGGCAAAGCCUAUAAUCUACAACGGCAAAUUCUAUCAUGUAUAUAUCCAGAGUGAUGAAAAGGUUUUAGAAGAUCACCCUGGACCUCUCACAUCCUAGCCAUCAUCUCUUCACAAUGCUGCCGUUUGGUCGACCCUACAGAGCACUGAAGACCAAAACAAGCAGACACAGAAACAGCUUCUUCCCUCAGGUCAUCUACCUCUUCAACAGUUACAUAUUUUUUUCCCACUGUGCAAUUGAAUAAAUCUGCGUGCAAUAAUAAUUGAGUAAAAUAUUAAUUAUAUCCUCCGGAUAAUACACCAUCUAUUUUAUAUACAUCUUUUUCUGUAAAUUAUAUUUCAUUCUGCUGUAUACAGCUUAAACAUUCUACAUACAAUAGUUUAUUCUUAUUUUUUACUUGUACAUAUUUAUUUGGAAAACAACACCUUUUUUAAAUGUUGUUCCUAGUGUAGUUUUAUUUUCCUCAGUGUGUGAUGGUUUCAGGGUAAGACAUAAACUAAAGUGGUAAAAUGUGCAACAUGAUUUGCACUGAGGCACCAGUUUCUUUAGAAUAAAGUGCAUCUGCAAGAAGAAAACAAUGAGACAUUUUUAUUUAUUAACGUUAGUUAAUUAAAACAUAGCUGUUUAAUGUCCAUAUUAACUUAACAAAUACAAAUUUAAUUUAAUAAUGUUUUAGUUAAUGUAUACUAAAAUAAAAAUGCUGUAGAAGUACAGUUAGAGUUUUUGUUAACUAGUGAAUCUUACUGAAACCGUUUGAAUGUAAAUGAUGUCAGUAAGUUUAUAUCAUAUCAACACCAUCAAACACUUCCAGAAACUUAUUUUCACCACAAAUAAUUAAACAGGGAAGAGAAAACUAAUCAGGUGUUUUAACGUAUAUAUGCCAUGUUACUAUCUAGUUUAGUUUAUGUUUUAAAACGAGUGACGGACAGACAGAGUGAUAUAAUGGUGGGCAAGUUCACCUACACCAACUCUUUGUAUAAACAAGUACUCAGCAUAUAUAGGCCGACAACAUUUUGUAUACUGUAUAUUAUUACUAUCACACAUGGACAAUACAUUUAAACUUAUGGCUAAGACCGCAAAAAGUCAAUACAAGCGAGUGAGUGUGUUAUUACUGGUGAGCUGUGUUAUGUUGUACUCUCCAAAUGUUGAUUUGUAAAUAUUUGUAUUGAUUGCAUAUUGACACACAAAUAUAUACUGAAUAUGUUCUGGAAAGAUUUGAUUAAUUACAGUUUUGAUGAUAUUAUAAUAUGUUUUGAUUUGAUUAUCGCUAUGGCAUCCAUGAUGACUAUAAAUUGUAGACUGUGCUAACAGUGAUUCAACUAUUAGAUGACAUGAUAUCUGUUAAUGGCUACGGUGGAAGUGUUUUAUUGUGGAACCAAAUUUAUUGUAUUUGAGACAUUUAAAUUGAUAAAGCUUCACAAAAAUACUGUAUAAUUCAUGUCUGAUGUCGCCAUCUAGUGUUUGAACAGAAAAAACAAAUUAAACAAUGCAAUGUAACUGUCAAGUUAGCUAUCUGACUUUUAUUUAUUAUAAUUUGACCCAUUAAACGGGUAAUUUUAGCCAUAAUCGCAAAAGUUGCCCCACUGAGAAAUUUGUCAGGAGUCGCCACUGGCGGUAGGAAAGGUGAUCAUGAAAACAUUUGAUCGUCAUCGAGAAUGAAGCGUUAGUUGUGUUUGUGAAGACAACUGGUUUGGCAGUUCGGCGGACAGAAGUUGGAAUAGAUGUUAAUGUAAUUUUAAUUCCACGCCUCCAUCCACAGAACACCUAUGCAUCCCCUUGCAGCCUAAACGUAUCGGAGGCCCGCCGGUGCCCCAGGGGAUCCAGAUUCGACGGCGGUGCGAUGCAUGCCUAAACACCCCAAAGCACUUUGCACUGAAUUUCCAGUCAUAAAACCGCAAUGUUUAUCCAAACCUAGUUUUCUCACACCUGCAAUUCAUUUGAAGCGCCCCCAAUAGGGCAGACAGAGUGAGAUCCCUGUCAGUGGACUCGUUUCCUUUGGCAAUGUGUUUUACAGCCUAAACCAACUGUAAGAGUGCAUAAGAGACACGGUCCUUAAUGAUGAUGUACUUUAAAGCUCAUUUAAAGCGGCUCAGCUCCUUCUUCACCACGACGGACCGGUACAGCGACCGCAUUACUGCAGAGGCUGCACCGAUCCGUCUGUCAAUCUCCCGUUCCUUCCUUCCCUCACUCGUGAACAAGACCCCCAGAUAGUUGAACUCCUCCACUUGAGACAGGGACUCUCCACCUACCUGAAGUGGGCAAGCCACCAUUUUCCGACUGAGAACCAUGGCCUCAGAUUUGGAGGCGCUGAUUCUCAUACCAGCCGCUUCACACUCGGCUGCAAACUGUCUCAGUGCAUGUUGAAGGUCCUUGUCUGAUGGGGCCAGCAUGAUGACAUCAUCCGCAAAGAGCAGAGAUGAAAUCAUGUGGUCCCCAAACCCGACGCCCUCCGGCCCCUGGCUGCGCCUAGAAAUUCUGUCCAUAAAAAUUAUGAACAGAACCGGCUACAAAGGGCAGCCCUGCCGGAGUCCAACAUGUACCGGAAACAAGUCUGACUUACUACCGGCAAUGCGAACCAAGCUCCUGCUCCGGUCGUACAGGGACCGGAUAGCCCUUAGCAAAGGGUCCUGAAUCCCAUACUCCCG